AGAGACUCUUCCAACCUCAACGUCGUCCAUCUCAAAGUCAAUGGAGACCCCUUCAACCUCAACAUCGUCCAUUUCGAGGUCAACGGAGACCCUUCCGACCUCAACGUUGGCCAUCUCGGCGUCGGACCUCACCGCCACCUCGACGUCGGCCACCUCGGAGCCCUCCCCGGUGGCCGUUUUGGGCUCUUUGGGCGAGCAGAGGCUGUUGGGGGCCAACGGGCAGGGUCGGGGCUCGCGGGGCAGCCUGGGGCCGGGGAUCCCUCCUCCCGGCGGAGGAGACCUGGACUCGGUCAGCGUCUUGUCGGGGACCUUGGAGUCCUUGGCCGGUUCCUUCGCCGACGACAUCAGCUCCGUGGGCUCCGAUUCCGAGGCUGCGGCGCCGUCCUUUCGACGCACCGACCGCUACGGUUUCCUGGGGGGCAGCCAGUACAGCGAGGCGCUGCCGAGUUCGGUGCCGGUGGACGUCGCGCGGCAGCGGGAGCUGAAGUGGCUCGAGAUGUUCAACCAUUGGGACAAGUGGCUCACGCGCCGAUACCAGAAGGUGAAGCUGCGGUGCCGCAAGGGGAUCCCAUCGUCGCUGCGGGCCCGAGCCUGGCAGCUCCUCUCCGACAGCAAAGCGCGGCAGGAGCAGAACCCGGGGCUCUUCCAGGAGUUGGAGCGCCAGGCGGGCGAGCGGCGCUGGUUGGACGCCAUCGAGAAGGACCUCCACCGGCAGUUCCCCUUCCACGAGAUGUUCGCCGCCCGCGGGGGGCACGGGCAGCAGGACCUCUACCGCAUCCUCAAGGCCUACACGGUCCUUCGGCCGCAGGAGGGGUACUGCCAAGCGCAGGCGCCGGUGGCCGCCGUCCUCCUCAUGCAGAUGCCCGCCGAGCAAGCGUUUUGGUGCUUGGUGCAAAUCUGCGAUAAAUAUCUGCCGGGGUAUUAUAGCGCCGGAUUGGAGGCGGUGCAGUUGGACGGGGAGGUGUUUGUGGCGCUGCUGCGCCGCGCGGCUCCGGGCGCUCACCGGCACCUGCGGCGCCUGCGGGUGGAGCCGCUGCUCUACCUCACCGAGUGGUUCAUGUGCAUCUUCGCCCGCACCCUGCCCUGGGCCGCCGUCCUCCGCGUCUGGGACAUGUUCUUCUGCGAGGGGGUGAAGGUUCUGUUCCGGGUGGCGCUGGUGCUGCUCCGCCAGGCGCUGGGAUCGGCCGAGAAGCUGCGGAGCUGCCCCGGAAUGUACGAAACCCUGGAGAGGCUCCGCAGUGUCCCUCCGCCCGGCCUGAGCGACGACAGCCUCGUCCUGCAGGUGUCGUCGGUGCCCCUCUCGGAGGCCCUCUUGGAGCGGGUGACGUCUCUGCAGUUGCGCCAAUGGCGUCAGACCCGGGGGGAGCUGCAGCGGCCGCCGCCCCCGCGGCUCCACGGCGCCCGGCACAUCCGGCAGCAGCGCCUCGCCGGGGCCGAGCAGCUCCGGGAGAGCAUCGCGGCUCCUAUUGACGACCCUUGAUUGAUCGAUCGAUCGAUCGACAGCCCCCAUCGACACUCCAACCGCCGUCGCCGCCUCCGAUCGAUCAAUAGCUCCCGACUGCCCUCAUGGAACUGAUAAUUGAUUAAUUGAUUAAUUGAUUGACGGCCCACGAGGAUCGAUUGACGGCUCCGGGAAGGAUUGGCAGCGGCGAUCGAUCGAUCGAUCGAUCGAUCGAUUGAUUAACAGCUCCGAGAUUGGCAACUCCAGCAUUGAUCGACAGCUCCGGGAUCGAUUGAUUGAUGGAUUGAUUGAUUGAUUGA